AUGACUGAUAAUAUUGAAAAGCAAUUGGCAGAUGCAACACAAGUUCCUCAUUUAUUUAUGAAAGAAGAUGAUUUAGCUAUGACCAAACGAUAUUAUAAAAUGUUAACGAGAGAAGCAUUGCAAUUACAAGAUAUACCUGCAAGUACGGUAAGUCAACUUUGUGGCUAUUCCUAUAGCAAUUUAGGUAUUUAUGAGAAAGCGAUUGAGUUCUACAAUAAACUGUUGUUGGAUAAGAACUUUAUUGACAGACCAAAAUUUAUUAUUAUUAAUAUUAUGAUUGGUUACCAUUAUUUUCAUCUUUUACAAUAUGAUAAUGCGUUUCUUUACUAUGGUAUUGCAUUGUAA